AUGUCUGGCCAUGAGGAUGGCAAGAAGCAGCCCCUGAAGCAGCCCAAGAAGCAAGCCAAAGACAUGGACGAGGAGGAUAGGGCUUUCAAGAAGAAACAAAAAGAAAAGCAGAAGAAACUGGAGGAGCUGAAAGUGAAGGCUGCGGGGAAGGGCCCUCUGGCCACAAGUGGGAUUCAUAAAUCUGGCAAAAGGUAA